GUGAUGUGGCUUUGCGAUGGACCUGUCAAAGUAUGACAAAAUGAAUAGAUUUAAGUUAUUAUAUUUUGUGAUAUUUAUAAUAAGCUUGUAUGAAGUAGAUGCUCAAAUAUCCGAUAAGAGAUUAUGCGUGGAUGAAGAAUGUAAAGUCCCCAUUUCGCUUGCCAAGACUCUCUUGAGGUAUUCUAGUCCCGACUCGAGAAUCCUGUCGUUUGCCCCCAACGUUGAUAUAACAAUUUACAGUAAAUCAGCUGGUUCUCGAGAAGAUUUAUGGGGAGGCGAAAUUAAUGGCAAAAGAGGAUACGUCCCUAAACAUAUGGUCAGAGAGACAAAAGUUCUUCAAAAACCGACACUUUUAGUCAAUACUGAGUUCAGUAAUGAGACAGAUUCAAAAGAAGUGCCUUCACAAGUUGAACCAAACAAUGUUCAAGAACCUUAUGAAGUUGUAGAUGGUACAACUAUUUACCUAAAUCCUCAAGAUGAUAUCAGUCCUUCAUCUACCGAGAGUCCAAUUCAAUCAACAGUUGUACCAUCACAAGACGAGACAAGUAAAUUCACUGGAAGAAGUAUUUUGUCAAGUGAGCCUUUACAACCAGAGGCUGGGAAACCUUCAGAUACGCAAAAUGAGGAAAAGGAAACGACAAAAAAUGAAGAUAUUGUAAAUCCGGUGAAUGUUGAAAGCACAAAUCAAGGAAAUAAUCUAAGUGAAUCUACAAGGGAACAACCUACAAUUGAAGAAGCGUCAAAGGAUCAAAUGGGAGUAAAAACUGCAGAUCCAGAACCUGUUAGUGAAGAAAAUGUGUCACAGAACGAAGAAGUACUUUCAGCUGCAGAUAAACAAGAAGAAUUAGAAGAGGAUGAUGCAGAUAUAGACAUAGAUGAGGAAAAUGAGGGUGAGGAUGAUGAUGAAGAUGAAGAAAGUGAGAAUGAGGAAAACGUAUCAUCAGAUAAUAUGAGGAAUACAGAAACUGUUGUUCCAACCGACAGUAAGGAAAAUGUUUCUAGUGAAAAUGUAGAGAAAAAGGAAGAAAUUAAAUUUAAAGCAGGAAAUGAGUUAAAUCUGCUAGAAUCUAAAGAAGAUAUUAGCAACGAAAAGGAACCUGUAGUGCGGACAGAAUCAAAAUCAGAAAUUGUGGAGCCUAAAACAAUAGACGUGAAUGUUAAUCAACUUUUAGUACCAACUGAAGAAGAAAAAAAUGUUUCUAAAGUGGAAGAAAACGUUGAAAGUCCAAAGGAAGAUAUAAUUUCUCUUGAUAUUGAAGCUACUACUUUAAGUCCAGAAAUAGAAGUGCCUCAACCUUUUGAUGACAGCAUUGUUAGUGUGACACCAAAUCCUGUAGAAUCGGUGUCAGACGAGCCUAAAAUUCAACUAGAUGGAAUUCCAACAUUACCACCACUUGGACUUUUUGGAAGUCCAAAUGCAGAACCAGUCCAGAAAGUAGAAGUAACUUCUGAAGUCGAAGUGAAACCGGAAACAGAACAGGAAAAAUUUGAAGAAAGUAAGGAAGAUUCGAAAAUGGUUGAGGACGCUUUGAACAAACUACAGGAAGAAAAGGAAGAAGUUAAAGGAGGUGAAGAGGUUCCCAUCCAGAUGAGCGAAGAGAAAAUUGAAGUUCAAAAUAGUGAAGAGAAAAUUGAAAUGAUUGAAGAAAAAAUUGAGCAGGUACCCACGGAUAGUGAAGAAAUACCUCAGGGUAGUGAAAAGAAAAUUGAUGAGGAGCCGCAGAAUAGUGAAGAAGUUGAAGAAAGUGGCAAUUCUGGAUUUUUCUCCGGAAUGCUAGGUUUUAUGGGGUUGGGUCCUGAAGAAAACAAGGAUGAAGAAGAACAAAUAACAAAAAAAGAAUUUAUUCCUCCAGAAGAACACAUGACAGGUGAUGACGUAAUUUCCAAAGUUCGUGAAGAAACAUUUUGUGAGUCUGGUUCUUGUCCGAAAAAUGAACUAAGUGAUAAUAUCAUGGAGGCUUUUGCAUCCGAUUUAUUCAACUUUAAUUCAAAUAUACUGCUUUAUUUGGUAACAACAGCGAUUUCUGUUAUUAUUUUCUUGUUUGGCUACAUUGCGCUUGAUAAGAGCAGACGUGAAGGCCCACUCAUAGCUAAAAUUAAUAGUCUCGAGAAAGAAUUGUUGAUAAUAAUCAAAGAAAACCAGAUUUUACAAGAAAAGUUAUCGACUGAUUCUGGUUACGAAACCAAUGAUCGUGUACCAAAUGAAGUCGUUGAAAAUUUGAAAAGGGAUCUUUUGGACGUGACAAAUAUAAAAAAUGCCCUCGAGGAACAGGUACAAUCAUUGGAAAAAGAAUUGGAGAAUUCCACCGAAGUCGGAAUGGAAUUAAAUCGGAUGUUGACUGAAAUUUUAAGUUCUGAGGGUGGUAGCGAUGUCCUAAAGGCUAACGUUGAAAAUUUACAACGACAGCUUGUGGAGCAACAAGCGACAAUUAAUUCAGUUAACGAAACUUUGGCUGUUACGAAUACAGAGAAUCACGAACUUAGGUUAGAAUUGGAAUUGAGCAAUAAGAAAGUUCUAGAUUUACAAGCCGAGUUGGAUAAAUUGUUACUAAACAUUCUCAAAAUCGAAGAAGAGAAGGAGACUCAACAGAGUACUCUCGAAAAUGAAGUAGCCACCUAUCGCCAAAAAUUCGAAGAAGUUAGUAACAAAUUGAAACUGCAGGAGGAUGGCUAUAGUCUUGAAAUAAAACAAUUGAAAAACCAAAUAGAUCAAACCGAACGUAAAUUAGAAUUGAAGUCAAAAGAACACGACCAACUUAAAAACACGUUGAAACAAGUCAAGUCCCUUAAAAAUUACGACGAAUCGACUUUGCGCGACCUACUAGAAGUAACUGACAUCAAAGCCGAAGUGGAGGUUCUCAGGUCGGAGAAUCAACGAUUCAGCCAAAAGUUGCAACAAGAACAAGAGUUGAAAUCCAACUUUGAGAAGAAGGCACAGAGCGUUGAAGACGAACUCCGUGUCUUGAAAGAAAAAUACGACGAAACCGACAAAUUACGAGUCGAAAGUCAGACCAAACUCGAGGUCUUAUCGAAUUAUUUCAAAGACAGAGAAGCACAAUGGCAGAAGGAAAUAAGUAAGCAUGAGGCGUUAUGGGCCGAGAAAGAAGGAGAAGCUUCUUCAACUACCGAACGAAUUAAAUUCAUGCAAGAACAAUUACAGAAUUAUAAGGCCCAAACCGAGUCACUUAAGCAAGAAAUAAUGUCCCAAGAAAUCGAAUUAAAGAGUCAAAUUUCUGUUUUGGAGAAAAAAGCGCAUGAAAAUUGGGUAAGCGCCCGACAGGCCGAAAGGAAAUUAGAAGAAGCAAAACAAGAAGCGGCACAACUGAGACAUAGACUAACAUUACGGGAACGAGCUCUUCAAGAAGACAAGAGGUUGCAAUCACCAAUUGAGCAAAACGGGGAUAUUCCCGAAUCCCCCGCUUCCCCUCCCCUCUUAUACGGCACUCGUGACCACAUUACCAAAUCUCCUCCUCUUCCGGGUCUUCCUCCCUUCUUGCCACCUCCUCAUGGAGUUCCCUUCAUGCCUCCCCCACUUCCGGGUGUUCCUCCUUUCAUCCCGCCCCCGCCGCCUAAUAUGUUUCCGGGCGAUCAUCGUCCCCCUCCACUAGGAAGGAUGUCAUCCCCUCCAUUAAAUUCCCGCUAUUCGCCCAGUAGUCGGGGCUAUUCGCCUUACGAUCGGAAUAGUUCGUCGCCUUCCGAUUCCGAAUACGGUACUUCCCCUCCGCAUCGCAGGGGGUACAGUCCGUUCAGAGGGGAGGAUAGGAGAGAUUACAAAAGGGCUCCACCUGGAAGGACUAACGGGAGGAGUAUGAUGAAAGGUGGUAGUUCAGGGUCGGGACAUUCAAAUGAAUCGUUAGAGAAGACAAAUAGACAGCAGUCGAAAGUCUAGCGGUUUACCUGUUGUUUUUAUUACUAGUUUUGUGUAUAAAUUUUUCAGUGGUCCAAAUUUUUUGUCGCGUAGGUAAACUGAAAGUGAAUAGAAUCGGCUCCAUGCUUUGUAAUAAUCUCUGGUAUUACGUGACAAGAUUCUUGCUGCUCUGAACAUUUUUAAUUUGUUUUUAAUAUAAAAAAUAUGUAUAAACUUGUAUAAAAAAAUACUGUUGUAUAAUAAAAUGUUUAUGGAAAA